AUGAAACCUUAUCAGACUCCAAAUUCUGGUCAUUCUCGUUAAGGGAGUUUAAGAGUUUAACGACAACCUUUGGCUGUAAUUAGCAAUUGUCCUGAAUUUUCAUAGUGUGCUAAUUACCUAUAAUAGAAAGUUUAGGGAUUGGAGUAGAGAGUUAAGAACCUUAAUAGUUAACAUGCAGAUAGAACAGAAAAUAGAUCAACAACAACAUAAAAAAAUGAAGCAUCUUUAUCACCUUUUGUAAGGUAGAAAAAAUAAUGCAGUUCGAAUUAGAAAGUAGAUUCUUAGAGUUAUUAUGAAACAAUUAUUAAUAAAAGAUUAGAAAACAUUAGUAAAAUAGAUUAAUCUCCUGUACAUAUUAAAACUGAUAAUACUAUGGCUUAAUAAGAUAAAUAUUCAAUGCAUAGUUAAUUUUCUAAUUUAGGUCCAUAAUCAGGAUAAUUACAUACUAAUAGUAUAGUGAGAAUCUAGUAGUUAACUAAGAAAUUGAGAAAGUUUAAAAUGAUUAAAGAUUAAAAUUAAGAUGAAUGUGCUCCAUCUUUGGCAAAAAUUAAAUGUUUUUGUUAAGAAUAUUACAAUGAUUGUUUUGAUUUCUAUAGAUGCACUGAUUUGAUAGCCUUAAAAUAUUUUAUCUAUUUGCUUAUUUAAGAAGUCAACUCUCUUUAUAGUUAAGAUGCAUUUAAGAUGGCAGACAAUUCAAUGUAAUAUCAAUAAUAGAUUGAAAUGCUUAAGGAAUAAUUAGAUAAUUAGAAAAGUGAUUAGAUGAGUUUCCAAAAUUAAUUGAAAUUAUAAAAAAUGGUAGUAGAUACUUAGAAAUUAAUAUAAGAUAUUAUAAAUGUCUUAUAAACUAAACAUAAUUAAAGUACAUUGAUCAAUUAGGUUGAAGUAUUAAAUAAUUAAAUGAAAAAUAUCAAAGAAAAUAUGUCAAGUAAUUAACUUUAAAAUUAACAUUAAAAUUAAAAUGCUACUUCAUUUGGAUAAUAAUUAGCAAAAUGUGGAAUUGAUGUAAAUUAUAAAUAGAGAGUAACAAAUGAUACAUCAAUUGUAAAUUAAUCUAAUUUUAAAACUUAAACAGCAGAUGAAAGAAAUAUAACAUAAUUUAGUUCAAAAUCAAAGUCUCCUUAUAGUAGAAAUCAAAAGAAUCAUAAUUUUGAUUUAGAAUAAUAAAUGGAAUUAAAUAAAAAGUUAUUUGAUGAAUAAGUAGUAACAAAUAGAUAAUUGAUGGAGAAACUAUUUAAAUUACAAACUGAAAAAUAAUAGAAUGAUUAGAUAUUGAAAUAAGUGUAAGAAGAAUUAAAAUAAAAAAAUUAAAUUAUUAUAGAUUUAGAAAAUAAUUUAUAGAAAGAAAAUUAAAUACUUAAUAAAAUUAAUUAAAAUCUAGAGGAGGCUGUUUAUUAAAAUAAAGAAUUAUAGAAAGAAAAUAAUAAUUACAAAGAAAAUAUUGAUUAAUCUAAGAAAAUAGAAUAAAAGUAUUAUGAUUUAUUAUAAUAAAAUAAUAACUAAUUGGAAUAACUCAAUUAAGUAGUUAAAGAAAAUGGUAAUCUAUAGAAAAUUUAAUAAUAAAUAGAAGUAUUUAAAUUAAUUUAUAAUAGGCUGAAUACAAAGGUUAUUAGUAAUAAAUUUUAAAAUUAUAAGAAAAGUGUUAAGCACAAUAUGCUUAAUUGUAAGAUCAAAGUGAUGCAAAAUAUCUAUAAUAGUAAAUAAAUGAAUUAUUAUUAUAAUAAUAAGAACAGAGCAAAAUAAUAGUAAUUUAUAUUAAUAUUAAAUAUAGACAUUAAUUACAGAUGAAGCUCUAUAUUUAGGAUAGAUGACUCUAUAUGCUAGUGAUAUAUUAUCAAGAUAACCAAUUGAUGGAAUUCCAACUACUCUUGUAAUGUUAUAGAAGGAUUUAAAUGGAAAGAGAAGUACAAUUUAAUAGAAGAUGAACAUUCUGUAAUAGUUUGGAAACAAUAUGAGAAAUCAACCUUUGAUUGCUCAUAGUAGUUCUAGUUAAUUUAAUGAUAAUGUAGAUUUACUGGAAAAUCUACAUAGUGAGGCUUCAUCUAUUAGAUAGAAGAAUGUAAGUUCUUAUGAGGAGACUGCUAGUACAAUACAUAAUAAUAAUAUCUAAUCAAAUGAUUUAAUGGUUAUGUUAUUAGUUUAAUGUAACACAUUAGAGAAGAUGAUGGAACUUUGA